AUAAAACGAAUUCUUUUACUCUCUUACCAUUAAUUUUUGUUUUAUCUGCUAGGGGAAUAAUCUAUGUACAGACAUAAAGAAAAUGUAGAAUAGAUGUAUCGUCGUAUACAAUUUUUCAUUACGUAUUCUGAAGUACCGACUUAUAGAAUCUAUAUAUAUAUAUAAUCUAUGGUGAUAUAUCUCUAUAUACUUUCGAGUGUAACUCAUAGAUAGAGCCACAGUGUUAUUCGAACAAAAAAUUCGAUUUGUUAUAAUUGAAUACGCGGCAUAUUUAAUGACUUUUUGAUUUCCUUCAAUUCAUCAUUUUAUCUAAUUUUGAAAAUGUGUAUUUGUUAUUAUCCAUUAUUCUUUUUUUUUAUAAUGGGAAAAAAGGGAGAUAAGAAUUCAAUUUGAAUUUAAUUUAUAAAAAAAAAAGAUAUAAAAAAGAAAAAAAUAACUUGUUAGUUCUCUAUAUAACCCAUUAACUUUAGAUUUUUGAUUCGAUAAUUAAUUGUUGAAAUUAAAAUACCAAAUUUAUGUAGAGAUUGCGCAAUUGAAUUUCUAUCAGACCGAAAUGUCUUAAUGUGUCUCUUUUAUGGAGUUGUUCGUUAUGCAAUUAAUGCAUUAUCGAUGUUCUUAAAUUAUUCAGUGGAUCGGCCGAUUUAUCACGUACAAACGAGUCUAUCCAGAUAUGUCCAAAAUACAAGUUUGGACAAAGUGAAAUUCUCGAUUUUUGUCCAUCAUAAAUUAAUUAGAAAAACAUUUUUUCGAACAUAAAAGACAACAGAUCUUUUCCGAAUAGAUUUCUAACAAAAGAAGCAAAAAACGCGAAAGACUAUUAUUGAUAAAAUAUGAAAUUCGUGAAAAUUAAUUUGAAAUUAAAGCAACUUCAAUGAAAAUUUUAUGAAUUAUCGAAAUAUUUGCAUUUAAAAAAAUAAUAAUAAAAUUAUCGUUACGAUAUAUUUCUCUUAUUCAUUAAACUUAUUCAUAAAAAUUCGUACUUUAACAAAAAAUUAACAAAAUUUUAUAGAAUCUAUUUCUGGCUUCAAAAUAUUUCUUUCUUUGAAACAUCGUUCGUUUAUUAUUUAAAAAAAAAAAAUUGUGUUUCUUUCAUCGUAGAAACUUCACAAAAAUAAUUUUAUCCGAUUUCUUGACGGUAGAAAUGUUUAAAAUGUAUAUUGAUCGGUAUCUUGUUUACAAAAACAAUUGAUAAACUGAAGUUUCUUAUAGGUCAAGAAUUCGUAUUAAUGGAAUUCGUAUUAAUUUAAAUAUAUAACAUUAUUUAAAUAAAUAAUUAAUGCAAAUGAACUGCAAUAUUUCUAUCAACUGUUGAGCACACGUUAUACACAUAACGACUCUUAUAUCAUUUUUUUUCAACCUAAUAAAAAUUAAAAAAUAAAUUCAAGAACAUUAAACUUAUCUACUAUCAUCUUCGUAAUAACAAACUUAAAUAAAAAAGAAAAAAGGAAAUUAGGAACAUUAUCGCACAUUAUCUCGUGCAUUUGGAAAGUUACGAAACACAUCUGCCACAUGCACAUCUCAAAACACAAAGCUGUCAUGAACUUGACGUUCAAUAAUCGGAAUCAUACAAAUUAUAUACUUAACAGUGAUUGACGACGAUCCAUUAAACCUUACGAAAGUCCAUCGUUCGUUAUCCGAAUCCUUUAAAAGCUUCUUCUUCUUCUUCUUCUUCUUCUUCACCUAACGAAGCUCGAUAAUGGUCAUAUACGCGCAUUUUUUUUUGACGCCGAUGAGAAGAAAAGAGAAAAAGAACGAAAAGUAAAAAAGAAGAUAGCGAAGUUGAGGAAAAAGAUUUGCAUAAAUCAUCGUCCGUUCCUAUAUAAUGGUCGGUUAAAAUAUCGAGAAUAAAGAUCGGUGGGCGGAAGACCAGAGAAGAGGAACACCAACACUGAAACAAAAAUGGAAUUUUUAUUUUCUUCGAUCGGUGGUGUCACCAACACGCACGAGCGAGGAAACAUUUUGUUCGCUCGGCGAUCAUCUCUCGACGAUGAGCAGACCUUCAAAAGAAGUCAAUUAAAAAAUCUAGUUCUUCCAAUGCCAUCCGAUUGCGAAAUAAACUGAGAGGGAACAUCGGUCAAGUAUAAAAGAUCGAAAUAUCUUUGGGACGAUAUUCCACUCCUUAUUCAAACAGCAUACCGUAAACAUGAGGUUGCUGCUGAUCGCUCUGAUUUAUUUGACGGUUUCCUCGGCCUUCCCCGAGCCAAAGCAAAAGAGGGACGUUCUCCCAGGCGAUCCACGUUACGGAUUCGAUCAUCAUCUCGACAACGUGGUACAAGUUAAAUCCUUUGAUGACGAAUCCGUGCUGCCGGACGUCUAUGGACCCCCUGGAUAUCAACCGGGCGCUCCUCUUGGUAACGAGUACUUGUCACCCCUCGCGUUCACUGAAUAUUCUACACCGGUCGCUGAAGUGGUUAACGUAGAACCUGAAAAAGUAGUAUCGACCACAACAUUCUCGGUUCCCGUUGAAAGCGUCGAAACCGUAAAUGUUACACCGCCAUCAGCCUCUUACGGUACUCCCGUGGAUAAAACCGUUAAAGCCGUUGUAGAUACCGAAUCCGCGUCUCAAGUCAAAUCCACGGUCAAAACCGUAAAGACUCGAGUUCACGAAGGAUCCCCAUCGACUGUGAACAUCGUUGGGCCUGCCUUAAAACAAGUAACACACUUCUCCAACGAAGCGAAAGCCAUCCCCUCGACAACCGUGAAGAAGAACGUUCUUAGCAAAACUCUUCUGCCCACUGUUUACGCUUCUUACAACGGAAUCCUCAGCAUACCCGGUUACGGCGUCUCUUCCCAACUUCCUUCCCUCUCCACGGUACAGCAAUCCGUCCCUGUCGAUCGCGCCGUUAAUUUUAACGUCCCUCUUCCCCUCUCAUCGUCCAUCCAGCUCGACAAAACUGUUCCAACCGCCUAUUCCGUCGUGCAACCAGCCUUCUCGGCUCCACACACGCAUAUCGUUCCUGUCCACAGCCUCUACGCGUUACCUUCCGUUUCGUCGCUUCCCUUCCAAACGCUGUCUCCUAUCCAAUCGAUAUCUUCCGUAGGCACCUUGACUCCCGUGCACCCGGCGCGCACGUACACACCGGUGCACCCGGUCGAGACGUUGCCAUCCUCUGAUCUGGUGCACAUCCUAGAAUCCGUCAAGUCCGUGAAGACCUCGUCGCCUGUGCAACACGCGGUGCACGCGGUGCCGACCGUGGUCAAGACCGUGGAAACGUUGACACCCGUGGUGAGAGUGUCGACGGUGAGCCCUCUGCAGUCCGUGGACACCGUGGAUCCGAUCAAAUCGGUGGGAAUCGUGUCGCACCAACCGGUCGAGACCCAACACUCCGUGACCGAGGUGCUUAAAACCAAAUCCGUACCCGUGGUCCAUAUCUCGGAUCAGCAGAACAAGCAAUUCUUCAGCAAUUUGUUCAACCAGCUCAUCUCGAUGUAUUUGCCCAACUUUUCCACCCUGCGGCCCCCAACCUCAACCUCAACCUCGUCCUCGUAUUCUAAGUCGGAGUUAACUACGAGCCAACCGGUCAAGGUGACCACCCCUGUCACCCUUCUCACCGAUGACACUUACAAUCAGCAAUCGCUCGUCGAUGUCAAUAAUCCGGUACCGGCUAGCAAGCAGGUGGUGAGCGUGACGCCGGCCAACGAGUACGUUCAACCCACGGAAACCAAUGGCGGAUAUGUUUAUUGAGAAAAAAUGAACCAAUUGAUAGAUCCGUCCCGUUGUUGGAGAGCAUUUAGAAUCGAUAGAUCUAGGAAAGAUUGUUUUCAAACUGUGACAACCGAAGAAUCCCCCGAUUAAAUAUGUGAAAUACAUGAAAUGUACCAAGUGUUAUAAGUAAAUAAAAUUCUUUUAUUAUAUUAA